AUGGCGCUCAGCGUCUGCGCCUGGCUUGGCACAGCUCUCCCCCCCCGCCACAUGGACACGGUGGUGCAGAUCGUGGAAGCCCUGGAGGCCGCCGAGGACCUCAGCCUGCUGGAGCUGGCUCGGGCACUGGGGAGCUGCAGCACCCCUGGGUGCCGCGCCGUGCUGGGGGACCCCCCCGCCACCCCCCCUGCCGUGCCGGCACUCAGCCCCGAGCAGUGGGCGCUGCUCACCCAGCUCCUGCACCCUGACCCUACGGCGCCCGAGCGCGGCAUGGUGCUGGCACCCGACGGCUCCACGGUGGCCCUUGUGCCGCUGCUCACAGGCGUGGAAGUGGGGCUGAGGCGGGCGGCAGGGUGGUCUGGCCCCAUGCCCGAGCCCCCCGCUGCCCUCGAUGCCCUCUACGCUGUCACCAUCACCGAGGCGUUGGGGACGGCUUUCCUCUUGGCUCGUGCCCACAACUACAGCGGGGCCACCCUGGGACCCGACGGGUGCUGGGACGAUGUGGAAAACCCCCAAAACUUCACCCUGCUGGGUCCCCCUUCACCUGUCCCUGAGGCCGUUGCCAAUGGGGCACUGGAUGGGGUGCUGCUGGGUGCACGCUUGGCUGAGGCACCUGUCCCGCUCGCCCCCCUGCUCCGGAGCUAUUAUGGGAUGGACAACGGCACCGCGAGCGGGCGGCCCCUCAGCAGCUACCGGCGCCGGGAUUUUGGGGUGCUGACGGGGCUGAAGAAGCUAGAGGAGGAGGUGGUGGCGAUGCUGCGCCUGCUCCGGGUGCUGCCACCCACCCGAGGGCUCUUGGAGGACGUGGGUGAAGAGGAGGAGGUGGCCAUCGCUCGCCAGGCAGCGCGGGACUUCAUGGAGACCUAUGUCGAGUGCCCGGCCAUCGUCCCCCGGUGCAUGUGGGGCGCCCGUCCCUACCGGGGCACCCCCAGACCCCUGUCCCUACCCCUGGGCUCUGUCUACAUCCACCACACCUUCGUGCCCAGCACCCCGUGCCGCACCUUCGCCGCCUGCACCCACGCCAUGCGCUCCAUGCAGCGCUUCCACCAGGACACCCGUGGCUGGGAUGACAUUGGCUACAGCUUCGUGGUGGGCUCGGAUGGGUACCUGUACCAAGGUCGGGGGUGGCACUGGGUGGGUGCCCACACCAGAGGCCACAACACCAGAGGCUACGGCGUGGGCUACGUGGGCAACUUCUCGGCCACCCUGCCCGAUCCCGACGCCAUCGCCUUGGUGCGCGACAGCCUCCUGCCCUGCGCCGUCAGGGCCGGCCGGCUCCGCCACGACUACACCCUGCGCGGCCACCGGCAGGUGGUGAACACCAGCUGCCCCGGUGACUCCCUCUUCCAGGAGAUCAGGACCUGGCGUGGCUUUGAGGUGGGCACCGGCUUCCACGGCAUCUCCCAGGGGCGGGGUUUUGGGUGGUCUGAGCCCACCAAGGCCGGAGGUGGAAGCAGAUUCGGUGCCAGGACUGCCCAUGGGUUCUGCUCUCCUUCGCAGUGA